AGUCUGGCUCCACCGCGGCAGCACAGUGGCAGCAAGGCUGGGGCGCUGGCGCCGUGCCAGCCCCAUCAGAAUUAGCUCAUUGUUCACUAGCACACUAGCAGGAGAGAGAGAGGGAGAGAGAGAGACAGAGAGAGAGAGACACUCUCUUAAAGAAAGAGAGACACACACUCUAGAAGAGCACGAGGUGUAGAGAGGAGAGAGUGAACAGGGAGCGGGGCUUUUGUCUGUUGGUCUCCCUGGACUGAAGAGAAGGGAGGGUGCAAGGCCAAGACUGUUACGAUUCUCAAAAUGGUUUAUUACCCAGAACUCUCUGUCUGGGUCAGUCAAGAACCAUUUCCAAACAAGGAAAUGGAGGGAAGGCUCCCUAAGGGAAGACUUCCUGUCCCAAAGGAAGUGAACCGCAAGAAGAAUGAUGAGACCGAGGCUGCCUCCCUGACUCCACUUGGCAGCAAUGAACUCCACUGCCCCAGAAUCAGUUACCUCCACUCUUUUUAAUCGUAACACCUCCAUUUGUAUAACAUACGGUGUAUGGGUAUUGAUGAGGUCAUGGUAUCAUAUAUGGGAUUUUUUUCUGUGUAAAUCAUCAAGUAUAAGAAGAAACUAUGGGACUCUGAGCCUUGCUUUAGAGAAUUUACAGUGGACAUAUAGGUAUCAUCAAACCAGUUUUUAACCAUUCUGACUCAAGUGAAAACGCUCAGAAUUUCACACUGUGAAUCCACGUUUACAACCCUUACAGGUGGGCCUUCAGGCCUGGUUCUCUACGACGAUGUCUUCCACAACUCAAACUCCCACUGCUCUCACACAACCGGUCCACUCCUGCCUUGUCACUCACACAGCUCCCGACUGCUCCUUGCAGAGGCUGAGAGUCCCCAAUUUUUUUUUUUUUCAUUUAGAUGUAACGAGUCUAGUAGUUUAUGUUCAUCAAUUGUCUGUAUAUCUCUAUAUUUUAUCCAUGUACUCUUUUGAUGUAUAGAAGUAGUUUGAAACUCAUUGUUUCCUUGUGGUAAGUGACCGAGAUGCUGCCACAGGACCUGAGACACUGAUGAAUGGUGCUAUUUUGGACUUUCAACAUGCUCCUUGGCGAGGUAGCUCUGAUGGAGUUAUUUUUUAUUUCCAUGUUCUAAGAAGGUGUUGGUACUCUGUUUCCCUGAAUGUUGUUCUCUAGACUGGAUUGACUUGUUUUCCUUGUGUCUUCAGUGUGGCUUUCUUCUUCAGCAUUGUAGGUUGAGUGAAUGCUACCAGAGAGAGUAUAAGAGACUCACGUCUCAUUGGCUGGCACUCACGGACAACGCAGUCACUGUAACGGGAGCAAUCACAAAACUGUAAUUUACUUACCAAAUCCCUUCCUUUUGGUAGCCUCGCCUGCCUAACUUCGAGAAAGAAAAGCAAUAAUUUGACAGGCGUUUUAGGUGUCUCUCUUGGUUCCUUUUUGUUUGAAAGAAUAUUUGGGGGAAAAAGGGCAAAUUCUUUUUUAAUAAAUGCCCUCUGGGGGG